AGGAAGAGGAGGAGGAGGAGGGAGGCAGCGCCCCUGGAAGAGCAAGCCCCCGGCCGGCUGCUCCUUUCCAGCUCCCCUCGGUGCUCCCUCGGUGCUCCGCCGGUGCUCCCCUCCGUGCUCCCGGCGGUGCUCCGGCCGCUGCUGGUGCUCGGGCUCUCGGCCCGGGGGGUCCCGGGGUCCCGGGGGUCCCGGUGGUGGUCGAUCCCUCCCGGCCCCGGCCCGCGAUGCGGUGGUCCGGCGGGCGGCGGGCGCUGCUGCCGCUGCUGCCGCUGCUGCUGGUGCUGGGGCGGACCCCGCGCCCCGCCCGGGCCUGCAGCUGCUCCCCCGUCCACCCGCAACAGGCGUUUUGCAAUGCAGAUGUAGUGAUCAGGGCAAAAGCCGUCAGCGGGAAAGAGGUGGAUUCUGGAAAUGAUAUUUAUGGAAAUCCCAUCAAGAGGAUCCAGUAUGAGAUCAAACAGAUAAAGAUGUUUAAAGGACCGGACAAGGACAUCGACCUGAUUUCCACGGCUCCCUCCUCAGCCGUGUGCGGAGUCUCUCUGGACACUGGAGGGAAGAAAGAGUAUCUAAUAGCAGGGAAGGCCGAGGGGAACGGCAAGAUGUACAUCACCCUCUGUGACUUCAUCGUGCCGUGGGACACUUUGAGCGUCACCCAGAAGAAGAGUCUGAACCAGAGGUACCAGAUGGGGUGCGAGUGCAAGAUCUCCCGCUGCCCCGUGAUCCCGUGCUACGUCUCUUCUCCGGACGAGUGUCUGUGGACCGACUGGGUCACGGAGAAGAGCAUCAACGGAUACCAGGCCAAGCACUUCGCCUGCGUCAAGAGAAGCGACGGUUCUUGCGCUUGGUACCGUGGGACGGCCCUGCCCAAGCAGGAGUUUCUGGACAUCGAGGACCCGUAGACCACCCGGCUCGGACCACCCCCCCACCCCUUCCCACCCCCCCAGUGGCCAAUAGAAAAGCCUGUGAGAGUCUAGACUGGUCCAGCUCUGACAUCCUUUCCUGGAAAGAGCAUGAAAAUACAGUCGUCCCAUCCCCUCCAACCCGAAGCGGUCCCAAAUUAGUCGCGAUUAGCUUUGGUUUUUCCGUUUUCUCUUUCUUUUCAGAACGACGCUGCGGGUCUCCAGGGAGAGAGCCGGAUUCCCCCGAUCUCCUUUCGGUCCGCUGGGCUUUCUGAGAUUUUUGGUUGCUUUUUUUCCCGCUGAGGGGCCACAGAGGACUUUCCGAAGAGUUGUCAAGGCCGGGGGGGUGGGCGGGGGACCCUCCCCAGCCCCGUGUCGGGCGGAGGCUGGAUCGUCACCCCCCAGGAGAAGCCGAUGAGGGCUGUAGAGGGAGUCUGUGUAGCCGGUCUACUGGGUUCUCUCCUUCUGAUGGUCUCGUCCCUCCUUUGACCGUUUCCCCCCGCCCUCCGUUUCCUUCUGUGGCUGGGG